AUGCCAAAUCAGACCACAGUGACUGAAUUUACCCUGACUGCUUUCCCUCUACUCCAGAGGCUUCAGAUCUGCCUCUUUGUAGUUCUCUUGUUUACUUACCUGCUUACUCUCAUAGAAAAUAUUGCCAUUAUUUCCCUAAUAUGGACUGACAGUCGCCUCCAAACCCCAAUGUACUUCUUCCUUAGUAAUUUGUCUUUUUUGGACGUUCUAUACACUACGUCAGUCACCCCAAAGCUGUUAGCCUGCCUUCUAGAGGAGAGAAAGACCAUAUCCUUUGCUGGCUGCAUCACCCAAACAUACUUCUUUUUUUUCCUGGGGACGGUGGAGUUUAUCCUCUUGGCCGUAAUGUCCUUUGACCGCUACGUGGCCAUCUGUUACCCCCUGCGCUACACCAUCGUCAUGAACAGCAGGCUCUGCCUCCUGCUGGUUCUGGGCUGCUGGGUGGGUGCCUUCCUGUCCGUGCUUUGCCCCACGUUUGUGGUGUCCAGGCUGCCUUUCUGUCAGAAGGAAAUCAGUCACUUCUUCUGCGACAUCGCGCCCCUGCUGCAGGUGGCCUGUAUAGACACUCAUUUCAUAGAGAUGAUAAACUUCCUCUUAUCGUCCUUUGUCCUCCUCACCUCGCUGGGACUCACCACUGUGUCCUACUCCUACAUCCUUUCCACCAUCCUGUGCAUCGCGUCAGCCCAGGGGCGUCGGAAGGCCUUUUCCACCUGUGCCUCCCACAUCACCGUGGUCUCCAUCGCCUACGGGAGCAACAUCUUCAUGUACGUGAGGCCCAGCCAGAGCCACUCUCUGGAUUUUGACAAGGUGACCGCUGUCCUCACCACCAUGGUGACCCCUCUGCUGAACCCAUUUAUUUAUAGUCUCAGGAAUGAGAAGGUAAAGGAAGUCUUGAGAGAAGCCAUCAGCAGAAUGGUGUCUGUAUUGCACAGGAGAACUUGA